AUGUCCAAGAUGCAACAACUGUUCAAUGCAGCAGUUGAGCCGUUGCCUGAGAUCAAUGACAAGGGCUUUGCAGCUCAUUUUGAUACCUUUGCUGGAAACCAGGUCAUUCUUCUUGGCGACGGUAGCCAUGGCACCUCCGAAUUCUACUCUGCUCGCGCAGAAAUCACAAAGCGGCUGAUUGAACGACACGGCUACACCAUGGUCGCUGUCGAGGCAGACUGGCCCGAUGCAGAAGCUAUCGAUAGAUACGUCCGCUUUCGUCCAGGCCCAAAGGCACAAAUCGGAGGAAUCGCGAGAGGGUACGAGCCAUUCAAUCGGUUCCCAACCUGGAUGUGGCGGAAUUUUGAAAUGCAACAGCUCGUGGAAUGGAUGCGUGAUCGCAAUCAAAGGCUACCGCCGGAAAAGAGGGCCGGCUUCUACGGGCUUGACCUCUACAGCAUGGGCGCAUCGAUCGGCGCGGUAAUCAACUACUUGGACCGGGUCGAUCCCCAGGCAAGCAAAAAGGCACGGCAGCGAUAUGGAUGUCUGGAACCAUGGAUUGACGAUCCCACAUCCUACGGAUUGGCCUCCGUGCGUGGACUUGAAGAUUGCGAGGCUGGCGUGUUGAAGAUUCUGAGAGAUCUUUUGGAGAAGCGGUUGGAAUAUGCACAGCGGGGCCUUCGUGAUGGCGAUGAGUAUCACAGCGGCGAACAGAAUGCGCAUCUUGUCCGCGAUGCCGAGAAGUAUUACAAGGCCAUGUACUACAGUUCCGUGAGCUCAUGGAACAUGCGUGAUAUCCAUAUGUUCGAAACCUUGGAACGCCUGUUGCGGCACAAUGAGGGACAAAAGGCGAUUGUGUGGGCGCACAAUUCCCAUGUUGGCGAUGCUCGCCAUACAAGCAUGGGCUUCCGACGCAGAGAACUGAACAUCGGGCAGCUUUGCCGUGAGCGACUUGGUGCCGAGAACGUAACUAUUCUUGGCUGUGGAACUCACACUGGAACUGUCGCUGCGGCUCACGAGUGGGACGAUGAUAUGGAGGUUAUGGAUGUUCGACCGUCUCGAGAUGACAGCUGGGAGAUUGUGGCUCAUGACACCGGGAUCCCUCGCUUUGUGCUCGAUCUGCGUCGUGAUCACAUAGAUCCUGCUCUGCGCUCUGCGCUUGCUGCUGAGCAGCGUCUGCAGCGUUUCAUCGGUGUCAUCUACCGCCCAGACACAGAGCGGAUUUCUCAUUACUCGCAGGCGUUUCUUCACAAGCAGUUUGAUGGGUAUGUCUGGUUUGACGUAUCGCAUGCUGUAAAUCCCCUUGAGGUCAUUCAGCCGGACACGCCGCUUGGAAAAGGAGAAACCUACCCAUUCGGUCUGUAA